CGCUUGCUUCGAAUCAGGUACUGAGUGUAUUUUUUCUUUUCGUUUUUUUCUUUUUCAAUACUUUACGAUUCAACAUGAGUACGGUAUUUCUAUAUGAAGAUGGACAUGGGAAUGUUAUUGAUGAGAACGGUGGUCCUGAGCCUAUGGACUACAUCGUUGAUCAGAAUGAACUUAUCGUUGAGACUAUUGCUACUCACACAGAGUACUUGGGAAAUGCAGCCCCCAUUGAAUCUUCUCUGACUUAUCCAAUAUUGGAAAAGCCAAAAAAUGAGGAUGUUCAUAUGAAGGAGGUAAAACCAAAACGAGAAUAGGUGCGUUAUACAGUUCAGGAUAAAGCUAGGUUUUCCGAUCUGAAGAUUGAAAAGUGUAUGACUGCAGCAGCUGCAGCAAAGCAGUUGGGCAUUCACCCUCGAACAGCUUAUAGAUGGGUGAGCCAAUACAAUGCGUGCCCUGACGGUAUUUUUGAUAGCUGUAAAAAAGUAGGUCUUAAGUAUAUCUUGACUGAAGAACAUAAAACGACUGUUAUUAACUUCAUUGAAGCUAAUCCCUCUGUUACUGUUGUUGAAAUGACCGAGCAUUUAUUGAAGCAAUUUCAUGACACGUAAAUGUAACCUUUCGCUGAAAAAAGCAGAUUUUCAUUCUAUUGAGAGAAACAGUCCAGCGAAGAUUGAGGAACGGUACAAUUGGGUUUGCAAAUGGGAAAAUACAGACGUGAACUUUCUGACGAAUUGCGUAUUUCUUGAUGAGUCUGCUUCUGAUAUAAAUAUGAAACGCUCAAGAGCUUGGUCCAAUAAAGGUACUCGCGCUACUGUAACCAGACCUACUACAAGAGCAACUGCAACAUCUAUACUAGGUGCUAUUUCUGCCUCACGUUUGAUUACCGUCGGCGUAAAAAAACCUAGACCUGCAAAGAAGAGAAAACCUGAUGGAUACAUAAGCUUACGGACUGUUACUGGUCACUAUAUCAGUUUCUUAAAAACGACACUCGAUAAAAUGGACAAACACCCACAUAUGAAAGGCUAUUAUAUUGUUAUGGAUAAUGCACCU